AUGGGAGUUCACACAUCCAGUCUACAUGUGCUUUGUGGACUUGGAGAAGGCUUAGGACCGUGUCCCUCGUGGGACCUUGUGGGAGGUGUUGUGGGAGUUUGGGGUGAAGUCCUCCAACAGGCUCUGCGAAGGUUUUCAGCUGAAUGUGAAGCGGUCAGGAUUAGAGUCAGCACCUCUAAAUCUGAGGCCAUGGUGUUCUGCUGGAAAAUGGUGGACUGCCCCCUCAGACUAAGUGGCUGUGACCUCUCAGAGAGAAGCUGUGCAGCUCUGUCCUCAGUUCUCAGCUCCCAGUCCUCUAGUCUGAGAGAUCUGGACCUGAGUAACAACAACCUGCAGGAUUCAGGAGUGAAGCAGCUUUCUACUGGACUGGAGAGUCCUCACUGCGGACUGGAAACUCUCAGUCUGUCAGGAUGUCUGAUCACAGAGGAAGGCUGUGCUUCUCUAGCCUCAGCUCUGAGUGCCAACCCCUCCCAUCUGAGAGAGCUGGACCUGAGCUAUAAUCAUCCAGGAGACUCAGGAGAGAAGCUUCUGUCUGCUGGACUGGAGGAUCCACACUGGAGACCAAACACAAUGUACACAAAACUCAAACUGUCUGAUAACAACAGGACUGUGACAGAUGUGAAGGAGCAUCAGUCAUAUCCUGAUCAUCCAGACAGAUUUGAUGUCUGGCCUCAGCUGCUGUGCAGAAAUGAUCUGACUGGUCGCUGUUACUGGGAGGUCGAGUGGAGAGGAAGAGUUUAUAUAUCAGUGAGUUACAGAAGAAUCAGCAGGAAAGGAAAGAGUUCUGACUGUGUGUUUGGAUAUAAUGAUCAGUCCUGGAGUCUGAGCUGCUCUGAUGGUCGUUACUCUGUCUGGCACAAUAAGAGAAAAACAAACAUCCCCACCUCCUCCUCCUCCUCCUCCUCCUCCUCCUCCUCCUCCUCUGUCUCUAACAGAGUAGCAGUGUAUGUGGACUGUCCUGCUGGCACUCUGUCCUUCUACAGAGUCUCCUCUGUCAAACUGAUCCACCUCCACACCUUCAACACCACAUUCACUGAACCUCUGUAUGCUGGGUUCGCAGUCUGGUCUGGUUCCUCUGUAGGAGGGGAGGGUCUCUCCGUGUCCUCUGCUCCAAAGUCUCUGUGA